UACCAGAGAUAAUUUAACUGCCCCAUUUCUAUGGGGAAGGAGAAAGAAGGUUUAGGAAAUAAUAACAUUGACGAUGUCAGUUGGCUUUGUUCACUCUCUGAAUCCGAACUUGAUUUAUUGAUUGCCUUAAAGAAACUAGCUUUGAAACGUGCCAGUGCGUUUGGGCAUGUUCAAUUGGCGCAAAAGUUCGAUUUGAAGAUGCUUCGAGCCCUCGGCUUCGUUUUGAUGGAAUGUCUGAGAGAAAAGGUUGAGCACUUGUCGCUUAUUCCUGGGAUGGACGAGUCUGCUGUGUUUCUUGAUUCUUCAAAUUUACUAAAAUGUAAGCUUGGUGAGGUGAUGAGCAUUGAAGAGGUAAAUGAAUGUAUUGCAUUUACAACGAGGAAGGAAUUUGUGAAAAGACUGCGGGGAAAAGAUACUAUAGUUAAAAGUAAUAAGAGACUUAAAGUGAAACAUGAAGAAGAAGAAGAAGGGUAGCAGUAGAAGAUUUUAACAAUACAUGGCAGUUCUGAUGGGAUUUUGAUGAUUCAGUAACAUUCUUAUCAGAAUUUCGUUUUCACCCCCUCAGAUUAUUAUCUACAAUAUCUAUUCUACGAUGAGUAGAAAGUUUUGCAAUUUCAUCACCAGUAGUGGAACAGAAGCGAUAUUCGAAUAACGUAUAGCGAGGGAUUCAUUAAAGGAAAACAACAUUUCUUUCAGGUACUCAUUUGACCCGAG